AUGACGGAGGCUGCACGACCACCUACCAUCUAUGCUUUAUCCAGUGGCGCGACGCCCAGUGCCAUCGCCAUCGUGCGCAUUGCUGGGGAGCACACGUUGCCGAUUUACGAGGCUCUGUGCAGACGAACGGCUGUACCACCUGCUCGCCGUGCUGUGCGGCAAACACUGUACCAUCCACUGUCCAACGACGUCCUGGACGACGCGUUAGUCCUGUAUUUCCCACCUUCGCGGUCAUUUACCGGCGAUGCUGUGCUGGAAUUGCAACUGCAUGGCAGCCCUGCUGUGGUGCGUGACGUGCUCAGUGCCCUCAAUGAUCUCGCUCACGCGCGUUCGUGGCCGGAUUUACGGCCAGCCGAGCCUGGUGAGUUUACGCGGCGUGCGUUUGAGCAUGGCCGUAUGGACUUGACGGCUUGUGAAGCGCUUGACGCAUUGCUUCGGGCCGAAACGAGCGAACAACGCCGUCUCGCACAGCGGGCGGGGCAUGGACGGCAGGCCCAGAUGUACCACACUCUACGUUCGAGGCUACUGGACUGCAUGGCGCAACUGGAAGCCUUGCUUGAUUUCGCCGACGAAGACGAUAUCGAUAUGCAGCUAUGGGACGACGUACAUCGUCAUGUGCGUGAAAUACGUACGUACCUAGCCCACGAGCUGCAGUUGGAUAUGCCGUCGCCAUGUCGCUCGUAUGCUGAGGCAGUCAUGCAAGGUGUUCGCAUUGCGUUGUAUGGCCGAACGAACGUCGGCAAAUCCUCGCUCCUCAAUCGGCUGGUCCAACGGGAAGCGGCGAUUGUCACAUCGCACCCUGGCACGACGCGCGAUGUGAUUGAAGUACAGAUGGAACUGCAUGGCUACAAAGUCACUUGGGCCGAUACAGCCGGCCUCCGCGACGAUACUAACGAUCCUGUCGAGCAGAUUGGCAUCGCGCGUACGCAAGCAUAUGUAAGCGAAGCAGACCUGGCGAUCCGUGUAUGCACGCCGGCGGACAUGGACGAGAUCCCGGCGGCCGGAUCGUACGUUGUGCCCACCAGCACGGUAGCGGCUUGGGGCAUCCCCGCGUCGGCCCACAAACCUGGCCUGCCUGUGCUGUUGCUGAUCAACAAAAUGGAUACCCUGCCAGACGCAUCGCCACCAGUGCCGUCGCCUUCUACAUUGACCCACGGCGUGCCGUGCCAUGUAUGGCAUACCAGUGUCGUACAGGAUCAAGGCGUGCACAAGGUCGUGCACGAUGUAGGCGCCAUGCUGGCUUCAAGGUAUGCCCAGGACGCAAGCACUACGCCGCUCGUCACGCAAGCGCGUCAUCGGCAUUGCUUACUGCAGGUCGUAGCGUGUCUCGAUACCUUCCUGGCCAUGCAAACCGGACCUGAUCUCGUUGUAGCGGCAGAAGAACUGCGUCGUGCAGCGCAGCACGUUGGCGCCGUCACAGGGCAGGUCGUGACGACAGAGGAUGUGCUAGGUACGAUCUUUGCGCGGUUUUGUAUCGGCAAAUAA